UCAACACAGAGAAAGAAUUACAACGAUAUUAUUAUUAUAAUGGCAACAGUAGAAGAACCAAUACUCUCUAGAAUCGAUAGACUUGACAAUAUUAUAAAAAAGCUGGAGGAAGUUCGAGGAGGUGAUCAUUCACCGAAGACAUCAACAGCAUCAAGCGAGACAUUAACGAGCGACGGGCAAGUUUCGUCGCUCGAUUUCUCUCCAAGAAGCAUGGAGAAGCAUUGCCGGCCGAUAGACGACGUGAUUUCGGAGACGGAGCACAAGGGGACACUCAUUGAGAGGCUAGUGAAUGUUGAGAACAGGGUGUUGAAUGUGUGUUUGCAAUUGGAGGCAGAGUUGGAGAUGAUCAAGAAGAAAAAAGAGGAUGACGAGAAUAAUAAUAAUAAUGUUGUUGUUGAGGAGAAUCUGAAUUUGAAGAAGAGAAGAGAAGUGAAUAAUGUUGUUAUAAUUGAGGAAAAGAAUAAGGCAUCAUCUCAUAAGAAGAGUAGUUUCAAGAGCUUUGUGAAGUCUUGUGUUAAAGGGACAGGAAUAGGAAAACAUAAACACUAGUUUUGUUUUUGUUUGUAGUUCUUUGGAAGUUUAUUUGGUUUGAUGUAAGGUGUCUUUAGCACCGAAGAGGAUUAAUGUUUUUGUAAGUUGAUGUGAAUUAUAUCUUGGAUAUGAUUAGUUUAAAUAUACAUUACACUUGAUUUAA